AUGUAUCCAGGCAGCUCGGGCGAGAAGAAGUUGGGCUUCAUAGGGCUGGACCCUGGCGCCCCCGUGUCCUCCCAUGACGGGGCCUUGCUGAUCACUGGCUCCAAGGGUGGUGGCAGCGGCGGCAGCAAAAGUGGCUCGAUCCUCAAUAAUUUACAGAACCACAGAUAUUCAAGCAUGGUGAAUGUUUGCAUCGUCUACCGUGGUCAUGUUGUCACUGCUGUUGCUGCUGCUCUUGCUUCUGCUGUUCUUGUAUUUUGCAUUGUAUCCUCCGUAAAUAAGGCAACCUUAAGCACAGAAGAAUGUAAAUUGCUGUCGGCAGCCUCUCAGCAUGGGAAACGCCCGUGCCUGCCUGCCUGGAUUGGACACCAGAUGAAAUGUUUCUACUUCUCAGAUGAAGAAAAAAACUGGACUGCUAGUCAAGACUUUUGCUCUUUGUACAAUGCCUCUCUGGCCAUUAUUGAAAAGGAAGAACUGGAUUUUGUGCAGCGUUACAAAGGCAGCACUCCCCACUGGAUUGGCCUCAGACGAGACCCAGAUCAAGCCUGGAAAUGGAUCAAUGGAAAUCCUUCAACGUGGACGGUCCUCGGUGAUGGAGGGAACUGCGCCUUUCUGAAUGACGAAGGCAAAGCAAGCAGUUCCAUGUGCCGUACAGUCCAUCACUGGAUAUGCAGCAAACCUGAUGAAUUCACAAGUCCAAAGAUAGCUUGAAGGUUUUGUUUCCUGUUCUGG